AUGUCUGUUAACCCGUCUUCUGCAUCGAACACCACUUACAAACAGCUACUCCAUAAAGAUGAUAAGAAAAAAAUUACUCUGCCUGAUGUCUGGUGUACGUUGACGUCUAUACAAAAAUGUGUUUCAUUUCAUGAUUGCGAGCUUAAGAAAAUCGUUGAUAAUAUUAAAAGUAUUGAGAGUAGCCUCAAAUUCUUUUUGUCUGUAAUUGACAACAUAUUUACUGAGCUGAACUUGAUCUGGGAAGAAAAAACUGCUUUAGCUUCCGAGGUAAAAAUGCUUCAUGAAAGAUCCGUCCUCCUGAAGAAUAGUCCACGUGACGGUGCUCUUGGCAAGGUUUGUGAUGUCUACCAUGAGGUACACCAAAAACUGACGAAGGCCUCUAAUUAAUAGUGUUCCAUGUGCUCCCCUUGGCUGAUGAAUGUCCAGAGUCGAUUUCCGGUCUGAUUCGUGAUUUAUUUUCCGACUUCUCGGCUAAUCGCGUACCUGUUUCUUCUAGACGAGUUAAUCGGGAGGGACUAAGUCCAUAGCCGAUUGUUAUUGAACUAAGUAAUCCGUCUGAUAUUCGUAUGAUCCUGAAGUCGAAGUCCAAGCUCCGUAAUUUCAAGCGCUGGAGUAGAGCAUGGAUUAGUGAGGAUUUGACCCUCGUGUAGCGUGUUAAACUCCAUAAACUCAACACAGACCUUAAGCGCUUGAGUGAUGGUGGUGACCAUGACUGGGGCAUUGGGUAUUACAAUGGACCCCUCAACUUAUGCGGAAAAAAUUUAGCAGAUCAAUGCCGUCGAAGCGAAAAAACUAAGUUCCGGACGCGGUAA